CUUCCUCUGACCUGCCCAUCCGCCGCUGCUGGUGUCUGGGUUCUGGUCAGGUGCUCCACAGCGACUCAACUUCACAUCGCAAAAAAAACAAAACAAACCCGGGCUUUAAGGAUCUGAACAGCGCGCACACCGGACCAUGCUCAGGCGGAUCCUUCAGAUGACUCCUGGGAAAGGAGGCUCCCAGAACGCAGAGACAGAGCAGCCCAGCACCGAACAGAACCAUGACCAGACCUCUGAGGGCUUCAUCUGUCCUCAGUGUAUGAAAUCUCACAACACGGCGGAGGAGCUUUUCAAACACUACGAGCUUUUUCAUGACACUGGAGACUUCCCUGCACACAUGGCCCCCACAAGAGAAGACCUGACGAUGCUGCGGCAGGAGGUUCAGGACUUACACGCUUCACUGAAGGAGGAGAGAUGGUUUUCUGGAGAACUCAAGAAAGAACUGGACAAAGUUCAAGGACAACUGAAGCCAAGCGAUGGGCCUGAAGACGCCGCUCUGGAACGGAAACUGAACGAGGCCGAGACCGAGAAGUUCAACAUUAAACAGAUGAAGGACCUGUUCGAGCAGAAGGCGGCGCAGCUCGCCACCGAGAUCGUCGACUUAAAAUCGCGUUACGAUGAGGAGAAGAGCCUGAGACUGGCGGCCGACCAGAGACUCGCCAAACUCUCCCAACAGCUGCAGAAGGAGUCGGGGGAGAACGAGAGGCUGCAGACUGAGCUGCUGCAGCGCCCCGGGGUGGAGGAUGUGGAGGUGCUGCAGAAGGAGCUGGUGCAGGUUCAGACGCUGAUGGACCAAAUGACGAGAGAGCGAGAGGAGGAGUCUGAACGUCUCAAAACUCACUACGAGCAACUCCAGGCCAACUACACCACCUCAGAGAUGACCAUCUCACAGCUGAAGGCCGAGCUGGAGAAAGGGCCUCAGGAAGCGGCCGUCUACACGCAGCAGAUCCACGAGCUCCAGAGCAACCUGAACAAUCUACAGCAGCAAAACCAGCUUUUGUCUGAAAAGUUAACCCGUAAGGAGAGCGAGCACCAGGAAGCGGAGAAGCAGCUGUCGUCUGAAAAAGCGUCAAAGAAAAACCUAGAGGAGCGACUGAGGGAGCGAGAGACCGAGGUGCACGAGCUCCAGACGAAGGUCACGGGGGCCGAGGCCUCGCUGCAGAAGACCCAGGCCGAGCUCCGGGACAAGGAGGGGGAGCUGGGCAGGUUAAAGAGCGCCCUGACGGAGCUGGAGGUGAAACACGCGGAGGUGAGGGCCGAGAGGAAACAGCUGGAGCAGCAGCGAGAGGAGAAGGAGAGCCAGGGCGCCCAGCAGCAGACCGAGAUCAGCCAGCUUCACGCCAAACUGCUGGAGACGGAGAGACAGUUGGGCGAAGUGCAGGGACGUCUGAAGGAGCAGAGGCAACUGUCCGGAGAAAAGCUCAAAGAUCGAGAGCAGCAGGCGGCAGAUCUACAGCUGAAGCUCUCGCGGGCAGAGGAGCAGUUAAAGGAAAGUGUGAGCAAAAACACAGAUCUGCAACACCAGCUGGAGAAGGCCAAACAGCAGCACCAGGAGCUCCAGGCUCUUCAGCAGAACACCAACGGGAAACUCAGAGAGGCUCAGAACGACCUGGAGCAGGUUCUGCGUCAGAUUGGAGACAAAGACCAGAAGAUCCAGAACCUGGAGGCUCUGCUGCAGAAGAGCAAAGACAUCGUGAGUCAGCUGGAGUCCGAGCGAGAAGAUCUGUGCGCCAAGAUCCAGGCCGGAGAAGGAGAGACCGCCGUGCUCCACCAGCUCCAGGAGAAGAACCACGCCCUCCAGGAACAGGUGACACAUCUGACAGAGAAGCUGAAGAACCAGUCUGAGAGCCACAAACAGGCCCAGGAGAACCUCCACAAACAGAUCCAAGAGCAGAAGACCCAGAUCAGGACGGCACAGGACCACGCCCACACGCUGGAGUCCUCUGUGACCGAACUGACCGCUCAGCUCGCAGACACCACGGAGAAAGUGACGCAGCUGGACUCACAGCUCAAGGCAAAGACAGAGCUGCUUCUUUCCACGGAAGCUGCGAAAUCUUCACAAAAAGCAAAUCUGGAAAACAGCCUGGAGACGGCCCAGCACGCACUACAAGACAAACAACAGGAACUGAACAAACUGCAGAAAAAAGCCGAGGAGCAAGUUCAAAAACUGAAGGAAAGAAAGGAGCAGUGUGUUCAGCUGGAGAACACGGUGAAGGAGCUCAGAGACAAACUGCUGACGUCGGAGCAGAGCGUGGAGCAGCUGGAGGGACACAAAAAGAAACUGGAGUCUCAGGUCGUUGAGGUGGAGGCGUCUCGAGACAAAGCGCAACAGGAAGUGCAGAAGCUUCAGAAGGAAGGCUCCGAGGUGAAGAAGAAAACCAAAGAGCUGCAACAGGUGCUGCAGAAGGAACAGGCCGGGGCUUUGGCGUUAAAAGAGGAGUUACAGAAGAAGACGGCGUCCCUCACUGAGACGCAGAAACAGUUUGAACACUCUGAGAAAGAGAGAGGAGCUCUGCAGAAGAACCUGGAGCGAGUGACCGAGGAGGUGAAAGGUCAACGCACAGAGCAGCAGAAGAAGGAGCAGGCGCUGACCUCCGACCUGCACAAAACUCAACAGGAGAGAGACGCCGUCAAGAAGGAGCUGCUGUCUGUGCAGGAAAACCUCGGGAAGACGGACAAGGCGCUGAAGGAGGCACAGGGUCAACUGGAGACCGAGAGAAAGAACCAUAAAGCCUCCAUGGACGAGAAGGACAAAAGCAGUGAAAAGACCAAACAGGAGCUCACGAAGUCCAACGAAGCUCUCGGCAAAACCCUGAAGGAAACGAAAGAGCAGCUGGACAAGACGAAGGAGGAAGAGAAGAAGUUGAAGGAGCAGCUGAGUUCUUUACAGGAACAAUGCACCAAGACUGUGGAGGGUUUAAAGGACAAAGAGAAGGACAUCCACAAACUCCAGGCCCAGUUUAAAUCUGCUCAGGCCACGUUUGACGAGGAGCUCAAGAAAAUGAAAACGCAAGUGGCAAAGUUACAGGAAGUCAACGUUCAAAAGGGCGAGGAGGAGAGCCGGCUGCAGACUCAGAUGGCGACUCUGGAGCAGAGUUUAUCCUCGGAGAAGAACAGAACCUCCGAGCUCCAGACGUCUCUGCAGAAAAACCAGGACUCGCUGAAGAAGCUCCAGUCCGACCUGUACGGGAAAGAGUCCGAGGCGUCUGCUCUGAGGCAAGACCUGAAGGUGUCAGAAGACAAGCUGAAGUUGACACAGGAGGAGUUGGCCGCUAACCAGACCCACCAGACCAGCUUAGAGGCUCAGAUUCAGGAGCUAAAAUCUGGAACCAAGUCUCUGGAGCAAGAGCUGAGCAAACGUGAGCAGAGGAUCCACCAGCAGGAGGAGAACCUGAAGGAGCAGAACAAGCAAAUGGCUCAGAUGAAGGGCGAGCUGGAGAAGGGGAGGAGCCAAGUGGACGAACUGAACAAAGCAAAAUCCGCGUUAGAAAAGAGCAACAGUAAACUGAGCGCAGAUUUAAAGACGCUCAAAGAGAAGAUGGAGAAGGAGCUGGUGGAGCUGCAGGAGGCCAAACAGCUCCUGAUCCAACAGAAACUGGAGCUGCAGAGCAAAGUGGAGGCAGCAGAGGGCGCACUGGAGCAGGAGCAGAAACAGCAUCAGCUCACGAGGGACGGCAAGAGCAAGAAAGAAGAAGCUCUGCUCGGUCAGACCAAGACUCUGCAGGACCAGCUGGCGUCAGAGAAGCGAGCGCGAGAGGAGCAGGUGCGGCGCGGCGAGGAGGCGGAGACCAAACUCAGCAUCCAGGUGACGGCGCUGAACGAGAACGUGGCGACGCUGAAGAGGGAGUGUCAGAGCAGCCAGAGACGCGUGAGCGAGCUGGAGAAACAGACGGACGAGCUCAGAGGAGAGAUCGCCGUCCUGGAGGCCACGGUCCAGAACAACCAGGACGAGAGGAGGGCGCUGCUCGAGAGGUGCGUUAAAGGGGAGGGCGAGAUCGAGAAGCUCCAGACCAAAGUGGUGGAGCUGCGACGCAAACUGGACGACACGACGGCCGCCAUGCAGGAGCUCGGCCGAAACCAGUCCCUCCAGAUUAAACAGUCUCAGUCUCUGACCCGGAAGUGGGCUGACGACAGCGAGGUGCAGAACUGUAUGGCCUGUGGAAAAGGAUUUUCAGUCACGAUUAGGAAGCACCACUGCCGACACUGCGGGAACAUCUUCUGCGCCGAGUGUUCGUCGAGAAACGCUCUGACGCCGUCUUCUAAAAAACCCGUGCGAGUUUGUGAGACGUGCUUCGAGGAGCUCCAAGGCUAAGCGCCCGCCCGCGCCCGCCUGUACCCGCCGGGCCGAGGGCACCAGCGUCUCUUUGUAACGUCUAAAUUCAUGUGCACUAUAAAAGGACAGACCCCGUACUGAGCUCCCACCUCUAACUUCUCUAAAAAAAAAAAAAAAGCAGUGGGUUUGUCUGUGUUUUUGUGCCUUCGCUGCUCCCGUGGACUGUGCCAGAAGGGGGAGACACUGAGACAUUAAUGCCAUUUGUCUUGCGUUUUUGUUUUUUUUGUUUUAUUUGUUUUUGUUUUUUUCGUUUGGAUGAUCUGCUGUACUGUGAUCGGGACGACGCCGCCGCCGCCGCCGCCGCCGCCCGUCAAACAUCUGCAAAAGUGAAAGUAGAAAUUGUAAACGUUGGCGAAAAUGUCGAUUCUACAAAGGCAAAGACGGUAACGACGAGGCCAGUUUCAACAGUAUUUGAUUAUUUUUUUAAACAAAGAAAAAUAUAUUAUAGAAAUUUAUAAAUAUUUUGGAAACAACAUUGAAAAAAAAUCUCAACUUUCUGCGGAUUAAAGUGCACAUGACAGGUUUUGAUAAUUCUCUCAUUUUGACGGUAAAGGAGAAUUUAGGUUUGUCCAUUUGGCAAAUUCAGGGUUCCCACAGUCAUGGAAAUCCUGGAAAUGUCAUGGAAAUUGAAAAUGUCAUUCUCCAGGCCUGGAAAAGUCACAAAAUUUUGUAAAUUCAACGAAAGUUUUGGAAAAGUCUUGGAGUUUUAGUAUCUCUUUCACACAGCUCCAAUUGUUUGAGGUGCAACAAAAUUCAAAAACAAAACAAAAACAGGGAAAUGUAGAUGAACAUAUUUGGGAUCUGUUCAAAAAGAGAAGGAUGAAGUUUAAAAAAACGUCUAGUGUCUUAACCCAACUGUUUUACAUAAUCAUGUGAAACUAUUUAGAUUAUUUCUGUUGUUUAAAAGAGACGACAAUAAAUGCACUGACAGGAUUUAGAAUGUUUAAAACUAUAAUCCCAAACCAUAAGGUCUAAAAGUCUGAUCGGUUCUACACAUGUAGGAGCCAUAAAGUCAUGGAAAAUUCACUUUAGCUCAUGGAAAAAGUCAUGGAAAAGUUUAGAAAUUUUGUCAGUGAAAAAAAGUGGGAACCUGUAAAUAGAUUUUCUCCUUUGCUGGAUUCUACGUGGACGACUGAGGGAUUUAACUCACGAGCCAAACCACAGCUGGACGUUAAGAAACUUGGAAAAGGAAGAUAAAAUUUCAGCAGAUAAGAGGAAUCAUUUACGCUUUAACCUCAGAUGUCGACAGAAACAUUUUCAAACUAAAUAAACGUUUGUCCAGUUGACAAAUUGAAUUUGUCCUUUGCUGUGGAUUCUACGAGCCUCAUUAGACAGUUUCACUUUGUCAAAACUGUGUGACCUCACAGCAUUAGGAUUCGUUCGCUCGACAGUACAUGGGUACUUUUUAAAAAUUUAACCCAGGGGUGUCAAACUCAUUUUGUUCCGGGGGUCGUGUCCAACCGACUUCGAUCCCAAAGUGUCCGGAUCAGAAAACUCAUGUCAUAUAAACCCCAAAAAUAACAAUAAGUUCAAAUAUUUGUGCAGAGAAACACAAAUCUAUUACAGAAAUCUUUUUUAAUUGAUGAACUCUUUCUUUUACAAAAUAUUAUAAUAUUAUGAACAACCUGAAACUUUAAGAAAAAUACAAUUUCAACACAAAGUUUGAACAUGAACUUGUCUGUAAACAGGAAUAAGUCCAUUUUUGUUGUAAAAUCCUGCACUCGGCUCCACUUUUCUCAUGUUGGACAUUUUUCUGAUGAGGGUGUCACGGUCAACAGUCAAAACGAUCGUCCUUUAAGAGCGUUUGGAAAGAGACAAGUCUUCAUUUGUGCUGCUCUGGUGGGAGGGGCCACGUACAGAGACACUGGAGACGCUGCUGUGAUAAACACCACAGAAAAUUAACAAGAUUUUAAUAGAAAAUAUAAUUACAAUAUUUUAGUAGAAAAUCAGCCGAGGGCCAGAUUAAAGGUCUUGGAGGGCCGGAUCCGGUCCCCGGGCCGUAUGUUUGACACACCUGGUUUAACCAAUCGCUGCUGUUUGGUUGUGACGUUUGUAAUGCACCAAAUCCUGUAGGAAGAAGAACAAUAACGUCGUCUUUCCCCAAGAUAAAAUUCACCAAACUUUCUCUUUGUUCCGGCUUUAAAUCCUCGAUCUUGGGAAUCGUUGACACAGAAUGUCUGACUCUUCUCUGAUUGGCUGCAAACCGUCUAGUGGAUUCUGAUUGGAUUCUACCUAAUUUUGACUAAAUUUGUUGGGAUAAAACCUGUUCAUUUUAAAUAUAAUUUAUACUUUUACACAAAUCAAGAAGCAGUUUGCGAAGAAAAGUUGAAAAACACGUUGAAAAUCACAGGAAGCAGAGAGUCUCACACUGACGUCGCACUGAGAGAAUCCUGUCCAAACGUUUGGCUCAAUUUACACAAAAGAAACCCAAUUUUCUGACACUUUAAAGGUGCAUUGUGUAACUUUUCCGGUGGAGAGUCCCACAAAAUCUUUUCUAUCUUCAUAGAGACCGAACCAGACCAAGUUCCAGGUCAGAUCUGUGGAGAGAAUGUCUGUUUUUCUAGGGAUUUUUGAGCUUUAAAACCACCUGGAAUUGAAUAAAUGUAAAGUAGAGCUGUUUAAAGUCAUACUGCGGAACAUUCCAGACAGAGAAACAAGCAGGUGACGAACCCCAACCUAAAAGUUACACAGUGCACCAACAAAAUAAAGGCAUUUUUUAAAAUAUUUUUAUUCAUUAAAUCAUCAUUUCUGUAACAUUAGAGGAGUUUUAGCCAAGUGGAAAUAAAAA